CAGAAAUGGAGAAGUCUGAAACACAAUGAUGAGCCAAUUUUAGCAAACAUCCAAAAAGACGACGAAAACAGAUCAGUGAUCCGAGAGAGAAGAAGACACACCAAAAGCAAAAUAAUAAAUAAUAAAAAAAACGGAGGAGGAACAGUUAGCGCCAUCCAUGGCGGGUCUUCAGAGAUCCACCAUCUCGUUCCGGCGACAGGGCUCUUCUGGUAUAGUCUGGGACGAUCGAUUCAUCGCCGAGCUAAACCAACAGGCCAACGAGCAGAAAGGCGAAACUCAUCAGCAAUACGACCAACAGGCUAAGCUGAUUGCGUCGGAAGGCCAAGAGCCGAUAGCCGGAGACGGAGUAAUCAAGCCGAUCAGAACCGAAGGGGGUUUCGAGAGGAGUCGAUCCAACGGCCACCAUCGAAACACCGGAAGAGUGUCUCCGGCGGUGGAUCCGCCGUCGCCGAGACUGUCUGCGUUUGGGUGCUGCUCUGCUUUCGGGAAUAAACCGUCGGCGAAAAAACCGGUUAAUCAGAGGAAAAGGCUACCAAAGCAGAUCCAGGUAGGAAUAUUCCCAUUUUAUCGGCGGCGGAUGGAUAAGUAAAGUAAAGUGAAGAAGACAAACAAAGAUAAGAAACAUUAAAAAGAAAGAGUAUCAGUAUAAUACAUACAUACUGCAAAAUGUUAUCUUUUUUUUUUUUUUUUUUUUCCCUUUCUAUUUUUUUGAUUGUGCUUCUCCUUUAAUUUCAACUUGUUUGAAGAACUCAGACGAUGUUAAUAUCUGUUUGAUUUCGAGUUUUGCCC